GACUUCAGAAACAGGACUGAACAAUCUACAGAACUACGGAUCACUAGACCAUGAAAGGCAGUUCAUAUUCCGGAUAUAUAUGGAAUGGAUGUGUGCACAUACACGGUGUUACAUACAUACAUAUCUUGAAGUGCACACCAUUGGUCGACGCAAAACGGCGGCGAUUGCGAUUGGUGGAUUUGGAGGGAGGAUAUAAAGAUGCUGUUCACUCGACGGCGCAGAUUCACUUAACAAGUGAAAAAGUCUUUCAGUUACUUGCCAGACACCAAAGACGAGUUUUAUGUGCGCCGCACUAUCUGCGAAAAUGUCGAUCUUAAGCCGCGAAUUGGACUUGAAUUCAAUUACGUUAAAUUAGAAAAUGUUUAAAAAUUCCGUUGUCUUGGCGUGCGAAUACUCAACCAUGUAUUAUAAUUCAAUUUAUAAUACUGCCAACAUGUUCGACAUGAAACACUCCGAAAGUCAAGUUCAGCAACAGAUAUAUAACACAAGUUAUGUGCCAACUUCGAAUACUCGGAUUGUUAAAAAACGUAAUACAGCUAACAAAAAGGAGAGAAGGCGAACCCAGAGCAUAAACAAUGCGUUUUCCUAUCUGCGAGAAAAGAUUCCCAACGUUCCUACAGAUACUAAAUUAUCAAAGAUUAAAACAUUGAAGUUGGCCAUAUUGUACAUAAACUAUUUAGUUAAUGUUCUUGAUGGAGAUCAGGAUCCAAAAGGCGGAUUUCGAGCCGAACUUAAGCCGGUCAGUCGAAAGAUCUGUAGCGAAAAGAAGCACUGUUUGAAAUCAGAGAUUCAAAAUGUUCCAUUGUCGACCAAGGGCCGCACCGGUUGGCCACAAGAUGUUUGGGCAUCGGAACUUAUUCCAGAACACAAUUAAACCCAUAAUUUGCAUAAAUAAUAUUUCAUUCUAUAUAUGUAUAUAUAUUGAUAAACUAUAUUUAAAACAACAAGAAAAAUAAUAAACAAAUAAACAAGCAGAAUAAAGACGUUCCUUUUAUCUUUAGGAACUCGUUGAAUAAAGCAGAAUCCUUAAAUUUGCUAACCUAAAAUUGUUGUCAGCAAAUAAAAAAAAAACGAUUGCGGGCCACAGUUUAAAAACGUUUAAAAUACCAAAAACGCUUUA